AAUUCCAGGAGGGGGAACAGGAACGACCAGUCAAACAAGCAAGCAUCUUCAGACCUGCAGAGAAGAUCCAUUAGUAAGCACCAGCCAGCAUGCGUAUGCUAACUCUGGUGAGCCUGUUGGCAGCAGUGACGUUGUGCCUUUGUCACGGAGAUGAUUCGGCUCACUCCAACGACUCGCCCAGGUCCGAAGCUUUCAUCUCCAGACGCGACAGUGCAGGGAUAGUGAAGAGACAGACACGGAAUCUUCAUGGGUAAAUGGCUGCCGCCACUCCAGAUGUUCCCUCACCUCUUGAAAGUCAUCGAGAGAUCUGUGAGCUGAGCGUUGACUGUGAUGAAUUGGCUGACCAGAUUGGCUUCGAAGCAGCUUACCGCCGAUUCUACGGACCAGUGUAGACCAGCUGCAUUCAGCACAGUGGGGAACUGGAAGGAGGAUCGGGUCCAGGGACCAGCAGCUUAGCUCAUUACUUGGUGCCAUUCUGUACAUUCUGCAAUUCUAAGAUCCAGGGCUGUCUGUGCCACAGGCCACUCCCAAAGGCUUCUGCUUGCAACUGCCAUAGCCUUUGCUUUCUAGCUGCUGCUGUAAUGUGUUUAACAUUGAUGUUUCUGUAAAGGAGAGACUGGAGAUAAAUUAAAAAUCUAUUAAAAACACAUUUUCCUUUCA